UUUAUAGUCUUACCUGUUUUUGAGUUGUUUAAACUAUUAUUUAAAACAAACAAACAAACAAACAAAUAAAUAAUAAUAAUAAUAAUAAUAAUAAUGCACUUUUUGUUGUUUUUUUUUAUCAAAACGACACCUUUGUGUCAAUCACACCACGCGAUAAACUACAAUUUUAAAAAAAAUACAGUUUAUAGCAGCUUCAUUUCUUGUUUUUAUUAAAUAUACUCCACAAUAUUAGAUUUCUUACAAUUUCUAAUACAAGUCCCGCCUCUAUCGUUGUGUAUCCAAUUAGAUAGCAGCGGAAUUCAUUACUACCCAAUCAUUAGCGUUCAUGUUCCAAAGUCUUGCUUUCUGAUUGGACGUCGCACUUGUCCGUCUGUGUGGUUUCUGUGCUAUAGCACGACCUUUUUUCUUUGCUGCUGACGGUUUUCGUGAGGGGAUAAAAAACAGGACCCCCGUGUUGUUGUUGUCGAGUAAAACGGCGAUAAACGCGCGUCUCUGGGCGUGUGAUUGUUAUUCUGUGGUGUUUUAUUGAGCUCUAUCACGUCUGUUAGCUCCUGAAGCCGUUAGCAGCGGUUUGACGUUAGCUAGCAAUGCUAAAUAUAAUUAGCAUCACAUAGAGCUAGCAAUGCUACAUAAUUAGCAUCACAUAGAGCUGUGUGUCCUUUUAUAUUUAAUUAGAUCGUUGUUGUUUUUCUUUAUUAAUGCAAGGAUUUUAAACCGCACGCGUUUUAUAUGGUGUUUAGACCCGUAUGAGGUGUUUAUAACACUGAUGCUAAAGGCUAACACCGUGUAGCCGUUCUGUAAACAACAAUAAAUUGUUGUUGUUUAUUAUUAUUUAUUUAUCUAUCUAUUUAUCGGUCGGUGUUAAAAGCACCCCGGAUGUUUGGGUGAUUUAGUGCACGGUCUUCAGCAGAGAUUCCCAGCGUUAUAACCGACAAGCUGAUGGUUUCUGUGUGGAUGUAAAAGUUCACUCGUGGGGAAAUAAUAUGGUUUUAAUGCGUUGUGACGCACGUGUAAACGUGUGCGUGUAGAGACGCGCCACAUCGACAGGGCUGAUGUGAAAUGAAAUGAGAGAGAAGGUAAAAAGGGGGAAACGCCAACUGUGCGGAAGAGGAAGAGACGUGUAGCGUUCACACGUGUGCGCGUGCGUGUUUGUGUGUGUCCGUGUGUGUGUGCGCGCGUGUGUAUAUGCAGGUCGUCCCGAGGGGGUUAAAUGAAUCACGAAAAUCCGUUUUAUUCACAUAUGAUACGCGCCGUUAUAGACACGUGAGUUCAGUCUGUCCGGGACGUCAGUAAACCGCUUCCUUUCUUGUCUUCCUCCUCCUUUCUGUUGAUCUGUUCGCUUCUCUCGCCAUGGUCGGGUUCGGGGCGAACCGGCGCGGAGGUCGGCUCCCGUCCAUCAUACUGAUCGCUUUGAUGGUGAUUCUGCUCCUGUUGUGCUACAACUACUGGAACUUGUCACGGCUGCACUCGCGCGCGAUGGACGAGCUGGCCGAGACGCACGCGCAGGUGAAGCGCACGGACGCCGCGCGCAGCCGCCUGGAGAAGCGCAACUCCGAGCUGGUGCUGCAGGUGGACACACACCGGCGUCAGAUCGAUCAGAAGGACGGGGACUACAGCGUGCUGGAGGGCAAACUACAGGCCAGGGACAUGAUGGUGAAAAAAUGCACAGAUGAAAAGAUGAAGCUGCAGAGCGACCUGGCACAGAAGACCGCAGAUAUGAACCGACUGAAAGAGCAGGUAAAGGAGAUGAGGGAUGAGAUUAUCAGGCAGGAGGACCAGAUGAAGGAGAUAAAGAAGAACAACACUAAUCUCGAGAGGAAGAUGGAGUACGAGAGCCUGCAGUGCGGGCGACAGAUCGCACAGCUCAAAGACGAGUACGAGGAGAACAAGAAGGUGCUGAAAAAGACGGGUCCCGAAUUAAAAAAGGACACACGUGAAGCUGGCGCUGCAGAUGCUCCGGCUGAACGAGAUACAGAUACUGCAGUUGAGCGCCACCCAGUGGCGACACAGCGCCAUAACAACCCUGAUAUAAAAGACGAUUUGGGGAAACCAGGCAGUGAUGCUGGGAUGCCUGGUAUAGAAGACAGUGAAGUGGGAAAGUUAGAUGAGAUGCAGUUCGCGCUGAAAAAGCCAGCCAUCACAGCGCAGCACGUGCAGCCAGCGGACAUGGCCCUGGUGCUGCAGGUCAAACCGGCAGGAGUCGGUGCAGGUCCUGAUGACGGAGCUGACGCCGCUAUUGAUACCGGAGCAAAAGCAGGAGCUGGUGCUGGGGAGGGACCAGGGUUCGAUGCUCCUCGUGGCCUCCCUCUGGACAGUCCCGACUUUCCACAGGACGGAGGUGCAGGAAAAGUUCUCCCGCUAAUCGAACAGCAGGUCCCCCAGCCUCUCGUGGGCAGACCCGCGGUGGCAGACGAAGGCAACAAGGCGGCCGUUCAAGCAGACGAGCUCGGAGAGCAAAGGCGCCAAAUGAUCGAUCCUGAUAAUCCUGGAGCAGCGCUGCCUCCACCCCCGAAUCCUGCUCAGGUUCAGGCCAACCCCGUCGAACCUCAGCGAGAAGUUGCCCCCGCCGCACCACUCCGACAUCGGCAGAGCCGUUUCUUUGACGAGAAUGAGUCCCCUGUAGAUCCGCAGCGCACCUCCAAGCUGGCGGACUACAACGGGGACGACGGCAACGUGGGCGAGUACGAGGCUGACAAGCAGGCCGAGCUGGCCUACAACGAGGAGGAGGACGGCGAUGGCGGCGAGGAAGAUGCCCAAGACGACGAAGACCGUGAAGUCCCAGGAGAGCGCGGCAUGGACUACGGCAAGCGACACCAAGCCAUCGACAUCCUGUAGCGAAUCGAGACGUCUCUCAUAUUCACACGUACAAAAUUUGCAUUAGCAAAAAAAAAAAAAAAAAAAAUCAUAAAAAGAACAAAAUAUCAAGAAUUACUUGAACCCGUGUAUUAGAUGCUGCUGUAUCUCGACACAGCGUGGACGUGGACCUUUCCGUUUAUCUCUAAAGAAGGAUCGAACUUUUUUUUAGUCUUUCAUCAGUGACUUGAAAACGAAUCUUAAAGUGAAAUCUGAAGGACAUGUAAAAUGACUAACGUGCUGAUGUGUAUAUAUUUAAUGUACGUUACAAAUCUGUUUUGUCGGGUUUUUUUCUCUCGAGUCUGAAGCAGGAUCCCCGGCGCGGACCGACGAGAACGUUUCCCACGUUGUGAUGUUUGGUUUGUUUUUUUUUAAUGAAGAAGUUAGUCUGUAGGUUUCUUAGAGAAAGAAGCUAAACUCGCAUCAGACCGAGAUCACUACAGAUUUUUUUUUUUUUUUUUUUCCCCUCGUAACACUGCUGGUUAAAUUAUUUUUUUUUUUUUUUUUUUUUUUUCCUUCCUUUCUUUUCCUUUUAGACAUUUUUGGAUAAAAUAAAUUGUACAGGACUCAAGUUGUUUUAAUAUUCCUGUUGUGUUAAGAACUUUACAGGGACUCAACAGGUCUUUUUUUUUUUUUUUUUGAGGGGUUUAUUUUAAUUUUUUUUGCAUGUCAGUAAUUGAAUAUUAACCUCCAAAUCUACAGAAAUACAAAAAGCAAUACGUCGUUCCACAGCAGAGCGACGCAGCUUCAUUUUUGCUGGCCAGGUAUCAGUGAUCUGAACAUUUGAUUGAUUGAUUGAUUGAUUGAUUGAUUGAUUGAUUGAUUGAUGUACAUAUUUGUGACACCAAUCAUGCUGAAUUCUGUAGACAACCUCAGUGUCGUGUAGCGCUCAGACUUUUUAACUUUCCUAACGGAGCAGAACUUAGAAAGUAAGCAUUCUGAAUGUACUUUGAUCACUACGAUUGUUCUGAGCUUUCCGAGUGGACCUGGAUCUUAAAACAUAUCUCAAACCAUUUUUUUACACUUCUGUACAAACCGUUUAUUCCUCCUUUCCAAAGAGCAGAAUUGUAUUAGACGAAAACAUUUUUGCUAUCACUGUGACGUGACUCGGUAGUACUGUACAUGUAGAUAUAAACUUAACAGCUUCGAGAAGCUCUGCUUGCUUGCAGUGUAACUAGAUAUUCAAUAUGGAGAGGUUUGUUUGUUUGAAUGCAAGUUCCACAAAAAUAAAACCAGGUUCACGGACGCGAACGUCGCGGCGCUGUCAAAAACAGAAUGUUUCUCCAAGCCGUGGUGUAAAAACGGUGAAUGUGUUGAUAUCAGACAGUGUGGCUGAGAGAAAUUCUGCGUCUGGCCAAUCAGCUCUGGGUUUGUAUCGUCCAAUCAGUGUGUGAGUCAAUGUGUGCAGUUCUGCAUAGUUGUUACUCUGAACAGUGACGCAGAAAUGAUGUUCUCCACCAAUCAGCCUAAUCUUUACAAGCGCUGCAGCUCGGAGCGUCAGGUCUUCCAUCACAUUGAUUUUGCUGGCCGUAUAUUUCCGCAUUAGCGUUUACGUGACAGUGGAUGGCUGAAUGUCAGGUGAAUGGAUGGAGAGAUGGAUGGCUGAGUAAUUAGAUGAAUGGUUGAAUGUCUGGAAGCUGUUUAAGGUGAAUGGAUGGAUGGCUGAGUAAUUAGAUGGAUGGAUGAAGGAUGGAUGGAUGGCUGGCUGAGUAAUUAGAUAGAUGGAUGGCUGAGUGAUUAGAUGGAUGGAUGGAUGGAUGUAGGGAUGGCGAUCUGAGGGAUUAGAUGAAUAGUUGAAUGCCUGGAAGCUGUGUAAGGUGAAUGAAUGGAUGGAUGGAUGGAUGGCUGAGUAAUUAGAUGAAUGAUGGAUGGAUGGCUGAGUAAUUAGAUGAAUGAUGGAUGGAUGGCUGAGUAAUUAGAUGAAUGAUGGAUGGAUGGCUGAGUAAUUAGAUGAAUGAUUGAUGGAUGGCUGAGUGAUUAGAUGGAUGUAGGGAUGGAUGGCUGAGUGAUUAUUUGCAUGAAUGAAGGAUGGAUGGAGGAAGGGAUGGAUGGAUGCGUAAGUUGCAGUGCUGUCAAAAACGAAAUGUUUCUCCAAGCCGUGGUGUCAAAACGGUGAAUGUGUUGAUAUCAAACAGUGUGGCUGAGAGAAACUCUGGGUCUGGCCAAUCAGCUCUGGGUCUGUAUCGUCCAAUCAGUGUGUGAGUCAAUGUGUGCAGUUCUGCAUAGUCAGCCUAAUCUUUACAAGCGCUGCAGCUCGGAGCAUCAGGUCUUCCUUCACAUUGAUUUCGCUGGGUGUGUAUUUCCACAUUAGCGUUUGGCAUCCUGUCGGUUUCCUGCCAUCAGGAAAGUUCAUGAACGUUUAGAAGGUAUUGAGAACGAGACAAAAAAUGGUAUAAAACUACUUCCAAAUGAUUAAGGUGAAUGAGCUUGUUUUUUAUUUUUGUGGAAAUCAUGCAAAUACAAAAUUACAAAAAAAAAUACAAAUUAUGCAACAAAGCCACAUGAGGGAAAAAAACUUAGACGGAAAGGAAAGACUUUGUAUUCGAAGUGUUAGAACCUUAGCAGUAGGCAUGAUAUCAGUGCUACAGGUUUUCAGCAUCGCUAUAGGUGGUGUCCGGAGAAAGGAACCUCUCUACUUAACCACCAUGUUAAAACCCAGAGAAAUGAAUGUUAUGCUUUUGAAACAUCGUUAAAAAAUGUUUACUGGUUUCUUCUCCUAUAGGUUCAUAUAUAUGAAAAAGGAAUGUCCAUCUAAUAAGUCAUAUCGCUUUAUGUAAUACACUGCAAUUUUUUCACAUCUAUAAAAAAAAUCCUCUUCCACUGUU